UUUCUCUACGGCUGAACUAUCAGCACUCUUUACAGGCUGAGGCCAGUGUAUCGCCAAGUCAGCGGUGCAGACGGAAGUGCCAUCUACCCGAGCCUGUUGCAGUUUUCACGCCGCUUAUCAAAGUGUUCUUGGGUGGGGCGUUCUUUCUGGAGCCUGCUUCUCUAUCGGAUCGGCUGCGACGACGAAAGGACGCACGCUGAACUACUCACUACAGGCUUUGCAGAUUUCCAAGAAUGCCGGACACCACGUACCACAUGUGCGGAUUUGCGAGCGGUCUCAACUGGCGGCCCGUCAAAUUCAUGCAGCGCCUGGACACCACCAGAGUCUGCCGCCUUUGCGGAGUCGUGCCGCAAAGCAUAGCCGUGCUGCCUUGUGCGCACUUGAUGUGCGGCUCUUGCUUGGACGGAUGCGCCAGUGAAGGUGGCCACGCAUGUCCACUGGACAAGAUCUCGUUCGUAGCCGAGUCGGACGUCUCUUGGACAACGCUUCACCAGAAGCGCAUAGAAAAGCUACAGGUAUGCUGCUGGAACACCCACAACGGUUGCGGCUUUGUGGGCCCAGCAGGGGAGCUGCUGGAUCAUUUUGAGAAGCGCUGUUCCUUCCACGCCACGAGGUGCCCUCGCUGCCGGGACGCAGUGCUGCGUAAGGACUUGCCGAGACACUACGAAGCUGGAUGCAACGGGGUCGCGUCGCUGCAGCUGAGCGUUGCCUGGCACGUAUCCUCAAUCGACGUGGCCACACCCAAUGCUAACGACGAACCGGCGGUCGACUGCUCUUGCCACGACAUGCUGACGUCCAUCCAGGGCAGGGUCAAUGACCUUGCCGAGACCAUGGCGAACUCAGCUCCUUACAACUUCAAGAGGAAGCGAUUGAGACGGACUCGACCACCACCCGGGGCGCAGCGAGAGCGCAGGCCGCGGAUUCUGUGCAUGACCUAACGCCGCUGCCGGUAACCGCGGAUCUCCGGGCUCUCGUGUCAGCGCUGAACGACAUGAAGGUCGUCGUCGCUGAGGGAUUCGGGAAACUGGAACGAAAAGGGCGGGUGGAGGAUCUCCCGGCUGGCACGUCACCGAUGCAACAGGCGCAGGCGGACGUCACCGGCCGACCGGCAGAGGGUGGACCGCCUCCGCCGUCUGUACUCCUCGAAAUGCCGGGCAGUACUGCAGGACACCAAGACGUCCAGAGCAAUGACGCUGGUACAGAACUCAUUGUGCUUAGCUUGCUUUACAAGCCUUGUGAGGUGGCGCACCAGUUCAGUGAAGACAAGCACUUCUGUUGUGAGAUCGACUCCGAUGGUGAGAACACCAGCGUGUGGGUCAAGUGCAUCAUGCGAGGGAACGCGAGCUUCGUCGCAGUCGAAGGCAUGCUUGGCGACCCCGAGAACUGGAAAGUGCGCGUCGUCCGGCCCUUGCGCGUUGAAGAUUUGAGUUCGCCGUACUUGAGGAAGUGGAUGCCUGGAGAAGUGGGCAAACUAUAUUACCGGCCCGGAUGGUUUACACAUAAGAAAAUCAAAUUGUGGUGCCUUCUUGACACGACCACGCUAGCUAGAAAAAUGAUACCAGACGGAGGAUUUGAAAUAGACUUUUCGAUAGAACUGGAACGGUGCGUUUCCCUGUGACAUGAGAGUGCGCAAAGUUCUGAACAUUCCUAAAUAAAUGUUUGGUGUUCGCGCGAAAGCAACUGUUCCGCUCGAUCGGCACUUAUUCUUUCUGGCAGUGCAAACGCAUUGUUAUAUGCACUGUUAUGAAAAGCAACAGACAUAUUUAUAUCGAUGGACUUAUUUUACAGUAGAAUUAUUCAGCGCAGUUCUAUAACACAUUUUGUGUCAUUACUGGAAAAGCUGAAGCCAGAUUUUGUUUCUUGUCAUGGAGGAUUCUUAUGUGUCAUUAAGGGACGUAAAGUAUAGCAUGCGGGCUUCCUUACACUGCACCCAUUCAAUAUAUUCUACCGGCUGGAAAAAGUGUGUUGUCAUAACGACCUUUUAUAGCAACAGUAGUAAGGAAACUGUAUCUUUGUUCGCACUAGAAUCGAAUUGUAUUACAAAUACAUUUACAGGGCAGCUUU